AAUGAACUUCUUAAAAAAGAAUUGGAAAGGAUAAAUGCCGAAAAAGAAGAUUUUUUUAAAAAAAUAAUUGAUCUAAAUAGAGAAAAAAGAGAAUUAAAAGAAGAGGUUGAAGAAUUAAAUAUUGAAAAUAAAGAAUUAAAAGAAGAAAUCAAAUUAAUGAAAGAAGAACAUUCCAAAGAAAUUGAAGAAAUAAAUCAAACAAAUCUUCAAGAAAUUAAUAAUCUUCAAAAACAAAUUGAAGAUCUACUUCAAAAAAUAGAAAAAUUACAAAGUGAAUCGAAAGAGGAAAUAGUAAAAGAGGAAAUAUUUGAUCUUAAUACUGAAGAUAAACAAGAAAUAAUUGAAUUAAAUGAAGAUAGUAAUAAUUUUAUAGGUGAUUCAAAUA